AUGCCCAGCUUCUUGACAUCUCCCUUCCUAAGAGCGGCCACUACACUUAUUACUCCUAUCCGUUGCAGAGGACUUACGAGUACCUCCUCCUCCUUCUUCCAUAGUACACCAGCUAGAUCCUCGCUGAAGGAGAGCGAUACAAGUGUGGUGUCAACAGACAGAGAAGACAUCGACAAAGAAUACCAAGCCAGCAAAGACCACGUGCUGCAGAGCGUCAGGACGCAAGGAAAAGGGAAAUGGAUUCCGGAGUUGGCUAGUAAUAGUGAGGCGAAUGUGAAAGCUGAUCGUGGAGAGAUUGGGAUUGGAUUAGGGAUGAGUCAGGAGGAUGGGGGCUAUUAUGUGGAUUUUGAGAAGGAGAAGGAGAGGAAGAAGAUGGAGGGGAAUACGCAGGGGAAUAUGCCGGUGUUGGGGUUGAGUUGA